AUGUUUAAUCCAUUUCGAUAUAUUGCUGAUUUUCUACACUUGGUGUCAUUUCUGAUACUCAUUUUAAAAAUCCGCAAAACCAGAAAUUGCCUAGGAUUAUCAUUCAGAACAUAAGAAAUCUACCUUGCAGUGUUCUGUGUCAGAUACAUUGAUCUAUUCAUGUAUUUUGUAUCAGUAUACAAUACCUCAAUGAAAUUACUUUACAUCAGCAGCACUGUGUUCAUAAUUUACCUCAUGAAGUUCAAGAAACCAUAUUGUCUAUCAUAUGAUUCAGCAAGUGAUGACUUUCCCCACUAUAAAUUCAUUUACACUGGAGCAGCAGUCUUGGCUCUACUCGUCCAUACAGAUUUGGCACCAUUCGAAUUAGGAUGGUCUUAUAGCAUUUGGUUAGAAGCAUUAGCAAUUAUACCACAAUUACAUAUGUUACAGAAGAUCAAAGAUGUUGAAAACAUUACAUCCAACUACGUGGGAGCUUUGGGAGUUUAUCGUUUCUUCUACAUUGUUAGUUGGAUUUACAAAUAUUCACUCACUGGAGAUGUUUGUUGGACAUCACUUUUUGGGAGGAAUUGUUUAAACUGUAUUAUAUGCAGAUUUCCUUUACUAUUACAUCAUUAGUCUAAAAUCAGGAAAAGGUUUGUCAUUAGGAGUUUGAGAUUUGUGAUUAUUACAAUAUUGAAAGCAGUUUAAAUUAAUACCCUUAAUCAUAGCAUUCCAAAGAGAUUGCACUUUUUACUCUUAACAAUUUCUACUAUUAUACUUACGUGGCAAUCUAGAAAUCAUAAUUAAAAUCUAGAAUUAUAAAAUAAAUCAAUUUAUCUACAAACACUUUCUAUUCUAAUUUGA